CAGGAACCAUCUUUUCAGCGUGUCUCCACGCAUUCGAAAGCUGUGUGUGUGCGCUUCCCUGCGUUUGUGUUUCAGCAUCCCGAAAUCAUGUCGGCCGGAAAGAAGCACGCCCGGGACGGCGAGGACCAAGGCGCCCGCCUGGCCAAGAAGGCAAAGACCGACAACACACCGACAGACAGCGACCCCUCCGUGCUGAAGGCCGACAAGAAGAAGAAGAAGGAUAAGAAGGAUAAGAAGGAACGGAAGGAGAAAAAGGAAAAGAAGGAGAAGAAGGCUAAGAAGGAAGACCUUGAAGAGGACUCUGAAGAACAGCAGAAUGGCGACAGCGCCGCAGCCGAUUCCGAACCCAAGCUUGUAAAGGAGGAGAAGAAGUCGAAGAAGGACAAGAAAAAUAAGAAAGACAAGAAAAAGUCGCAAUCGCCCGACGAUUCAACUCCGAAUCCGACCGCCGAGAAUGGCGAGUCGAAUGGCGCCGAGACCACGACGAACGGUCCAGCCCAGCGCAACGGCGCCGCCUACUCAUAUCAGCAAACCAAGACCCUUGAUGCAAUGCCAGAAGAAGAGAUCAAGGAGUUCCUGAAGAAGCAGGAAAUUUCCAUCACAGACCCAUCGGGCGCCGACCUCCGCCCCGUUGUCCAUUUCUCGCACCUCCCAACUUCGACCCUCACCUCCAAGAAACCGUUCGCCUCCUUUACCGCCCCGACCCCGAUCCAGGCAGCCUCAUGGCCCUUCGCGCUCUCCGGUCGCGACGUAAUCGGAAUCGCUGAGACGGGGUCAGGAAAGACGAUGGCCUUCGCCCUCCCUUGCAUCGAGUCCCUCGCCUCCAGCCCCAAGCCGAAGCACACUAAAAGCGACUGGACUGCUUAUGCUCGCGCCGUGGUUGUAUCGCCGACCCGGGAGUUGGCCAUGCAAACCCACGCUGCCAUGUCGUCGUUGGCCUCGCUCGUCGGCUUGUCUGCCGUGUGCCUCUACGGCGGCGCGCCCAAGGACGACCAACGCGCACUGCUGCGCAAGAACAGCGGGGCCGAUAUCAUCGUCGCGACCCCCGGCCGGCUCAAGGAUUUCCUGUCCGAGGGCUGCGUGUCCCUCUCCGAUGUCAUGUUCGCCGUCCUCGACGAAGCCGACCGCAUGCUCGACAAGGGCUUCGAGGAGGACAUCAAGCUCAUUCUCGGCAGCUGCCGCCCGCGCGAGAAGCGGCAGACGCUCAUGUUUACCGCGACCUGGCCAACCAGCGUGCGCGGCCUGGCCGAGGGUUUCAUGAUCGACCCGGUCAAGGUGACCAUCGGCAACCGCACCCGCGCCGGUGAGGAAGGAGAGGGCAAUGGAUCGACCGAGCUGCAAGCCAACAUCCGCAUUGAGCAGAAAGUCGAGGUGGUUGACCCUCGUGGCAAGGAACAGCGACUGCUGGAAUUGCUCAAGGAGGCACAGAAGGGAAGCGCCAAGAACGACAGGAUAUUGGUCUUCUGCCUGUACAAGAAGGAAGCUGUUCGUGUGGAGCAGAACCUCGAGAGGAGGGGCAUCCGUGUUUGCAGCAUCCACGGUGAUUUGCGCCAAGACCAGCGGACGCGCAGUCUUGAAGCAUUCAAGGCCGGCACGACAAGCGUUUUAGUGGCAACUGACGUGGCCGCGCGCGGGCUGGAUAUCCCCGAGGUCAAGUUGGUUAUUAAUGUCACAUUUCCCCUAACCAUCGAGGACUAUGUUCACCGCAUCGGGCGGACAGGGCGCGCUGGCAAGAAGGGCAAAGCCAUCACCCUUUUCACUGAGCACGACAAAUCGCACUCUGGCUCGCUUGUCAAUAUCUUGCGGGGUGCCAAUCAACCGGUACCGGAGGACCUGCUCAAGUUCGGCACGACGGUCAAGAAGAAGAACCAUGACACGUAUGGCGCGUUCUUCAAGGAUGUGGACUUGAGCAAGAAGGGCACCAAGAUCACUUUCGAUUAGACUAGAUAGCGAGGCGUUUGGUGGAUUAUUUGUCUCUUGUUCACGCACA